AGGAGGAGGGGUGGGGAGAGGCCAGGCCGGAGCUUUGCCAGAUGUGGGAAAGGAGAGAAGGGGGGACGCUCGCCGCUCGCUCGCUUUCCCCCCCGGCUCCCCACCGCCGGUGGGGCGGCCGCGCCAGGGACCCCGUCCCGGGGGACACGACGGUGUCACCGGGCCGGUGGCGAGGCCGGGGCUCGGCGAGCCCGCGGGGCGCUGGGUGAGCAUCCCCACGCGCGUCCCCCCGCGCGGGGUGGGAGGAGAGCCGGGUCCCCCCCGGCGCUCCCCGCUCUCGCCUCCCUCCACCCCCCGCAUUGUUCCCGGCCCGGCGGGCGGGAGGAGGAGCAGGGCCAAGGGCCAGCAUGCGGUAGGCGCCCGUGCCGCCGAGGAAGGCAGGCAGGAAGGCAGGCAGGCAGGAAGGCAGCGCUGCGAGCGUGCCGGAGCCGCCUGUCAUGUUGCUCGAGCUGCUCGUCCAGGCUGCCUGUGUGUCCCUGUUCCUCCCGGGCGGCCAGGGCAGGGUGUACCCCGGGAGGAAGAAACCAGCCAGCUUUGCCGUGGAGAGGCGCCGUGUGGGGCCCCACGUCUGCUUCUCGGGCUUCGGCAGCGGAUGUUGCCCCGGCUGGAUGCUGGCUCCGGGCAGCGGGCAGUGCACCCUGCCGCUCUGCCCCUUCGGCUGCGGCAGCGGCUUCUGCAUCGCCCCCAACCUCUGCUCGUGCCCGGAUGGAGAGCAGGGCAUCACCUGCCCAGAGCCACCAGGGACAUGCGGGGAGUACGGCUGCGACCUCUCCUGUAACCACGGUGGGUGCCAGGAGGUGGCCCGCGUCUGUCCCCUCGGCUUCUCCAUGGUGGAGACGGCCAACGGCAUCCGCUGCACCGACAUUGACGAGUGCCUGAGCGCCGCCUGCGAGGGUCUCUGCGUCAACACCGAGGGCGGCUUCGUCUGCGAGUGCGGCCCCGGCAUGCAGCUCUCCGCCGACCGCCACAGCUGCCAGGAUACGGACGAGUGCCUGGCCACGCCGUGCCAGCACCGCUGCAAGAACAGCGUGGGCAGCUACCGCUGCUCCUGCUGGCCCGGCUACCACCUCCACGGGAACCGGCACUCCUGCGUGGAUGUCAACGAGUGCCGGCGGCCGGGAGACAGACGCGCCUGUCAGCACGCCUGCCACAACACCCCAGGCAGCUACCUGUGCUCCUGCCGCCCCGGGUACCGGCUCAGCGGCGACAGGGUCUCCUGCGAAGGCUUCCCCAAGUCCAUCCUGGCCCCCUCACCCAUCCUGCAGUCCCUGCAGCACCCCCCCACGCUCGUCCUGCUCCCUCCCGGCCCUGGGGGACCCCUCCUGGUCCCCAGGGGCUCUCCCUCUUCCCACCUCCCUGCCGCGCCUCCGGGCACCCAACCUCCUCCCUCCUCGCCCACCACCGUGUCCCCAGCCACCGAGCUGUCCCCACGCGGGGAGGGAGCCCCCGGUACCGCAUCGCCAGCCCCUCGCUGCUGGUACCGGGGGGCCCUCCGGGAGCCGGGCACUCGCUGGAUGGAGCCGGGGUGCCGGAGCUGUGCCUGCCAGGGAGGACGAGUGCUCUGCGAGGCCGUCAGCUGCCCCGUGCCUUGCUCCCACCCGCUGCCCGCCCCGGCCGGGGGCUGCUGCCCCAGCUGCACAGGCUGCUUGCACGAGGGGGUGGCCCGUGCCGAGGGCGACGUCUUCUCCCCAUCCGAUGGCAACUGCACCGUGUGCGUGUGCCUGGCUGGAAACGUCUCCUGCAUCUCCCCUGAGUGCCCCCCGGGCUCUUGCCCCAGCGCCUCGCCGCCCGACUGCUGCUCCUGCCAGCCAGCAAAGUGCAGCUUCCGCGGCCGCACGUACGUGCACGGAGCCCGCUUCAGCUUGGACGAGGACGACUGCACCACCUGCGUCUGCCGGGGUGGUGAGGUGGAGUGCUCCUUCGCCCCCUGCCCGGCGCUGGACUGCCCGCAGCACCAGCGGCACCUGCGCCCCGGGCAGUGCUGCUUCACCUGCCGGGACCCCCCGCGCCCCUCGGGCUGCUUCGUGGAUGACAACGGGGUCGAGUUUCCCAUUGGACAGAUCUGGUCUCCGGGCGAUCCCUGCCGAUGGCUCCGUGAGCUGCAAGAGGACGGACUGCGUGGAGACGUGCCCCUACCCCAUCCACAUCCCCGGGCAGUGCUGCCCCGACUGCUCGGCAGGAUGUACCUACAUGGGACAGAUCUUCUACAACAACGAGACCUUCCCGUCCCUCCUGGACCCCUGCCUCAGCUGCAUCUGCCUGGUGAGGCUGCUGAGCCUCUGGGGGCUCCCCCCACCCCCAAGCCCCCGCUAACGCCCAGCCCUCACGUCUCUCCCUGCCAGCUGGGCUCGGUGGCCUGCUCGCCCGUGGACUGCACCAUCUUCUGCACCUACCCCUUCCACCCCGAGGGCGAGUGCUGUCCCGUCUGUAACGACUGCAACUACGAGGGCAGGAAGGUGGUGAACGGCCAGACCUUCAGCCCCGAGGGACAGCCCUGCACCCGCUGCACGUGCCAGGUGAGCCCGUGGGGCACCCGUGGCGCUGCGCCGGGGACCGGGCGGCUGUCCCGUGCCUCCUUCCUCUUCAUCCUCCUCCUCCUCCUCCUCCUGCCGCCGCAGCUCGGGGAGGUGAGCUGCGAGGAGAGGCCGUGUCCCCACUCCUGCUCCGAGCCCCCUGCGCUGCCUGCUGCCUGCUGCCCCGCCUGCCAAGACACCCAGCUCCCACAGCAGAGCGGCGGCGGCGACGCGUCCCCGUCCCCAUCCCCGUCCCACGAGGACCUCGUGCCCACCGGCACCCCGCAGCCUCCCCGCCACCGCCUGGCCCAGCUCCUGCUCCACGCUGCCCCCUUCGGCCCCUCUCCUGGGGGGGAGCCCCCUUCCCCCACCCCGAGCCCCCCCCCAGCACCGCGGGGGGCUCUCUGCUGCUGCUCUGCCGCCUGCUGCCCCCCCUGGAGAGGCCACGGGACCCCCGGCUCCCACGGGCAGCCCUGGGUCAAGGCGGGAUGCUCAGGGGCAUCCCGGGGACGCGGACCCCUUGGCCGUGCCAACAGCCGGCAGGGAGAGCCCCGGUGGGCACGCGGCUCCCUAGAGCCACCCUGCCUGGCGGAGGAGAAGGAGGAGGAGGAGGAGGAGGAAGGCUGCAGGACCAGCAGGCCUGGCUGGCCAGGCGUGGCUGGGGACGGGGCGCUGAGGCACGCAGGUGGCCGUGCCGAGCACCCAGGGAUGGCGACACGUCCCUGCGCCCCGCUCUCUCGGGCACAGGGUCCCCCAGCUCCUCACCGCCCCAUGGCGCAGGAGGCUGUGGGGCCGGGGGGCAGUGCCAGCUACUCCCUCCCCCAAUAAAGCCACCCUGGUAUUUAU